AUGUCGACAAGCACUGAAAUCCUUAUUUGCCAACCCGCUCUCGACGCUGGCUUUCUGACGUUUGCUUCGGUAUUCAUCGCGCUUAUUAUCAUCUUGGUUCUCUCUUUUUUAACUCAACGGAGGAGGAACGCGACGCUGUGCGGUAAACCUAUCACAAGACCGGGAUUGUGUAUCCCUGUCAACUUGGUAGACAGUUACGAAAACAGGUUUGCCUUUGCGUGCGCGUUUGGUGCCACAACAACGAGAUGCUUGUUUAUCCUGCUUAUGGGUGACUAUUCCGCGAUCUUCACUCCAAAAAUGAACGAAUGGUUGAAAGAUCCUGCAAUUCCUAGCUACACUGCCAUUUGUUGGAAGAUCUUGGCCAUGGUGGUCAUCGGAAUCGGGUAUUAUCCACUGUUUGCUUGCAUGGCAACUGACUACAAGAUCACUGGCCUUGUUAUUGGCUUCCUUUAUUCUCUCAUGUGGAUUUCCUUUGAAGCUGCUCAAUACAUCCAGUGUCCAUCCUACACCUCAUCGAUAUUCCCUGGAGACAGUCUUGCAGUCGAGUUUCCCGUGUAUAUUUGCCUGGUCUUCUUGUGCGUGAGGUACUUUGCGUUGUUGGUUAAAGCAUUACACACGAGGUGUCGUCCCAGUGCUUCUCCGAAGGAUGAAGAGGACGAGUGGAUGACCUUUUAUAAGUACAAAUACGUCGUUAAGCUUCUGGAACCAAUUCCAAAAGAACACAGAAACCAGAUGGCCAGUGCUACUUUCAAAGGAAGGGUGAAAGACAAAUUGUACAAGUGGAAACCAGAAUUCAAAUAUUCAACUCGCGUUGUUUGCACUUACCUUAUCAGCUCUAUCGCAAUAUACGAGGUUCUUAUUCUAUUUGUCGCUUUGGGAGUAUUUCUUCUUAGGGUACGGGAAGAAUUUGUUGAGAACUCUCUAGUCGACGUGCGUGAGCUGAGAGAAAUCUUUAUGAUUAUUGGAGUGUCGGUCUUUGUUGCUGUCGCACUCUCUGCAAUUUACAGUGUAGUCUUGAUGGCAAAUAUGUUGUCUUGCUCUAUCGCAAUAUAUGAGUUGAAACAAAAAUUAACUGAAAUAAAUUAUCUUCUCAACUUUUCCGUUUCAGGGUUGACACAAAAAUAUUUUCUAAGGGAUGCAUUCAGUACAUUGUACUUGGAACAUGCAUGCUUUCGGCGCUCACAGCAAAUGCACUUCUGGUUACUUUUGUUUCAGGUUCUCAUUCUAUUUGUCACUUUGGGGGUAUAUCUUCUUAAAUUUGUUAAGAGCCCUCCAGUAUUCCCUCAAGUCGACUUACGUGUGCAAAAAGAAAUCUUUAUGAUUAUGGCAGUGUCGGUCUUUGUUGCUGUUGGACUCUCUGCAAUUUACAGUGUAAUCUUGAUGGCAAAUAUGUUGUCAUGGUAUAGGAAACACUUGCUACGCCUUCAGCGCGGUGAAAAGAAAUUUUUACCGCCGGAGACCUUCAACAGGAACCCCUCCGCUAUUACGAUUGCAAUUCUAAGAUACUCAGGUUACCAGGUCGCCUAUCUCUGCUGGGGUGUGACAAUCACCAUUGUGUUUUUAACUGUAAUUGGUUUCGUGGUUGGACACCAGAUCAUUUUGCCAAUGGUGGAGGGCGGUUUUGAUUCCUUUGUUUUGUUGACGAUCAGAGAUCUCUGGCCCGCUCUUGUAAUGUCCGUGGCGUUCUUUUGGAUCCAGUUAUUGUUGGCUAAAUACGUGUUUUUAGCUGACAAGGAUACUACACUGGCCUUGGAUAACAGGUUGUGGCUGUCCUGGCGUGGCUACCAGUGGUGUAUGAGUAGUCCAUCACCGGCUGCAACUCUCAAAUACUCAGGUUUCCAGGUCGCGUAUCUCUGUUGGGGUGUGACAAUCACCCUUUUGUUUUUGACUGGAGUUAGUUUUGUGGUUGGACACCAGAUCAUUUUGCCAAUGGUGGACGGCGGUUUUGAUUCCUUUGUUUGGUCAAAGCUCAAAGAUCUCUGGCCAGCUGUUGCAAUUUCCCUGGGGUUCUUUUGGAUCCAGUUAUCGUUGGCAAAAUACGUAUUUUUAGCUGACAGGGAUACUACACUGGCCUUGGAUAACAGGCGUCUGUUCCAUGUGUGUACGUUUUUCCUGUUCUUCUUUAACAUUUUUCUUGGUGUAGUUUCUUGCCUGAAACGUAUUUUGAUUGGUGCCAUUCUUGGUGUGAUGUUCCUUGGACGGACGCAGAAAAGUGUCUUAUCACGUGACUUCGAGCUAAAAGAUCCAGGUUUUAACGCGUACGUGGGAUAUCUGCUUUUGGAGCAUACUCACGCCAAUCCAGUACUGGUAACAUUUUGUCAGUUACUGAUCAAGACAAUUAAUGACAGACAAGCUUCUGAGGUCGCAGCAUCAAAGGAUCUUGUCCAGAGUAACCUGUAUUCAAAUCACCAAGUUAGCAUUGAGCUUGAUAGCACUUCACGAAGGGAUAGCUGCCGGCGAGUGCGUAAUCGAUGGCACUUGCUUCUUACUCUACAUAACAACCCAUCACUUCAGGAGCACCGGCGGCCAGACUUGUUCAUUCAAAAGUCGCCAUUUGCAGCGUUUCAAGUUAUGAUACAAAAAGGCAUAGUGCAGUAUAACCAAUGCGAGGGUGAAAAUGAUGACAAAUCUGGGGUCGAAGACGCCAAAUUGUGAUUGGAGUUUAAGUCACAGUUCAAGUUACAGUGAUUGGUUAUGUCCGGGUUACAAGACUUUUGAUAAUUUGUACUGAAAGGCGAGUCGAUAUGAUGUCACAAAAAACCUAGCACUUUCAUAAAUUGAAGUAAAUUCCUAGUGGCAUUUAUUUCUUGGACAAAAGCCUACUGCGGACUCACAGACUGGUUAGUUGGAAGGGUUCCUUUUACGAAACUACUACGAUCAACACAAAGUAAAGUCAAAGACGAGUUCGCUGCUGAGAUGGAUCGUGCAAAAACUGUGUAUCCGAGCGUAGGUUCAACACGCGAGCUUCGUGUUUUUGCGUUUAUACGUAUCGAUAUCACCACUUUCAAUAUGGUUGUAGAGCCUGAUGUACAGUUAUUGUAAUUAAUUUGAAUUAUUUUGUUAAUAUGUAAAUGAUUUUACAAUGCAAUAAAUUUUGCAUGGAAAUCUUAA